CCCCGUGUAGCUGUAAUGCCCGGUGGCGGCCGCUGGGUGUCGCUAUUCCUUUGAUCAUACGGAUCUUGUCGCUGCUCUUCCUCGCCAGCGGUCAGCAUACAAUAACAUCAUAGAUACCAGCGGCCGAGGACCGUGUGUUCCCCAGGGGGCCGCACAUCAAGAUACAGACAUGUCCUACGUCUUUGUGAACGAUUCAUCCCAGACCAACGUUCCCCUGCUGCAGGCCUGCAUUGAUGGGGACUUCACCUACUCCAAGCGCCUUCUAGAAAGCGGAUUCGAUCCCAAUAUCCGGGACAGCCGGGGCCGCACGGGACUUCAUCUGGCUGCAGCCAGAGGCAACGUAGACAUCUGCCAACUACUGCACAAAUUUGGAGCAGAUCUCCUCGCCACCGACUAUCAGGGGAACACUGCCCUGCACCUGUGCGGCCACGUGGACACCAUACAGUUCCUGGUCUCCAAUGGCCUCAAAAUUGAUAUUUGCAAUCACCAAGGCGCUACCCCACUUGUUCUGGCAAAGCGCAGGGGGGUGAAUAAAGAGGUUAUCCGCAUGUUAGAAUCCUUGGAGGAACAAGAGGUGAAGGGCUUCAACAGGGGCACUCACUCCAAGAUGGAAACCAUGCAAACUGUCGAAAGUGAACGGUACGUCCAGUGCUCUGAGCUGCUGAUGGAAAAGGGGCACAGCACUCUGUCGGAAGGAUCCACUGAGGAAGAUUGUGCUAUGGAAAGUCAUUCCCUCUUGAAUCCAAACCUUCAACAGGGAGAGGGAGUCCUCUCCAGCUUCCGCACCACUUGGCAGGAAUUUGUGGAGGACCUUGGCUUUUGGAGAGUCCUUCUCCUCCUCAUUGUUAUUGCCCUACUUUCUCUAGGCAUUGCAUACUAUGUCAGCGGGGUGCUGCCAUUUGUGGAAAAUCAGCCAGAACUAGUUCACUAGGAGAAGAGCAAAGCUUGCUUGAUGCUUUCCGGCGCAGCGCUGAUGGUGGGUGCUGUGCUUCUGGACCAAACCACUUACUGUCACCCCCUCCUUCUCAUUACAUGAUGGGACAUUCUCAGAAGGUGGGAAGGUUUCACCAUAUUAAAGGACAUUGGACAUACAGACGACGUGCCCUAUUUUACGUGAUGUAGUAGAUGGAGGACUCUUAAACAAACUCUUGCUACUGGUUUUCUAGUCAUGUGGAAAAUAACGACCUCUUUUGGCGAUGGCUAGGACAGCCUUGAAGAAGAGCAAGAUUCUCGACUUAUGGUUCCAUCUGACCGGUGACUGGAGUUGGCCGUCAUUACCAUUUCAUCCCUUCCCUAUCCUCCUUGGUCUGAGAACCUGAAGUGUUACAAGUUAUUCAUUUUGAUGUCUUCGUUUCUUAGUAGCGUUCGGUUUUCUUUCUUGUAUCACAUCGUAGCAUUUAGGGUAAAUGGUUGGAUUGUGAUAUUCCGAAACUGUAAUUAAAGCCUUUACAAUACAUUACACAUCAUCGGACAAUUCUAGUUAAAAGUGGAAAAAAAUUCCUACCAUAAGUUUAACAUACAGGAUUAUUGCCGUAGUCCCGUCCCCGCCCCCCGAGAUAUUUUAACU